GUUGCAGCUUGUAGAGAUACAGGGUAUGACUGGUUUGAACAGCUUCUUCAAAAUCUGUUGAAGUCAGAAGAAGAUGCUUCAUAUAAACCUGUGAAGAAAGCUUGUACUCAACUCGUUGACAAUUUGGUUGAGCACAUUCUUAAGUAUGAGGAAUCUUUAUCAGAUUCUGACAACAAAGGUGUGAAUUCUGGUCGCUUGGUUGCUUGCAUAACCACUUUGUUCUUAUUCAGCAAAAUAAGACCCCAGCUAAUGGUCAAACAUGCCAUGACCAUGCAGCCAUACCUGACCACUAAAUGUAGUAACCAGAAUGAUUUCAUGGUGAUCUGCAAUGUUGCAAAGAUCUUAGAGCUUGUAGUGCCGCUAAUGGAGCACCCAAGUGAGACCUUUCUUGCCACUAUUGAGGAAGACCUCAUGAAACUCAUCAUCAAAUAUGGCAUGACAGUUGUUCAGCAUUGUGUGAGCUGUCUUGGGGCUGUUGUCAACAAGGUCACUCAGAACUAUAAAUUUGUGUGGGCCUGUUUUAAUAGAUACUAUGCUGCACUUGCUAAAUUAAAAACUCAACACCAAGAAGACCCCAACAGUACAAUGCUAACUGGCAAUAAACCAGCACUCCUUAGGUCACUUUUCACUGUUGGAGCACUGUGUCGACAUUUCGAUUUUGAUCAGGAGGAUUUUAAGGGCAACAGUAAGGUUAACAUUAAGGAUAAAGUACUUGAACUGCUGAUGUAUUUUACAAAGCAUUCAGAUGAAGAAGUACAGACAAAAGCCAUUAUUGGCCUUGGAUUUGCAUUUAUACAGCACCCAAGUUUAAUGUUCGAACAGGAGGUGAAGACUCUGUACAACAGCAUUCUUUCUGAUAAGACCUGUUCAGUAAACUUAAAGAUCCAGGUGUUAAAAAACCUCCAGACCUACUUGCAGGAGGAGGAUACACGCAUGCAACAGGCAGACAGAGAUUGGAAAAAAGUAGCAAAACAGGAAGACCUGAAAGAAAUGGGUGAUAUUUCCUCAGGGAUGAGUAGUUCCAUCAUGCAGCUAUAUCUCAAACAGGUCCUUGAGGCUUUCUUUCAUACCCAGUCCAGUGUGCGCCACUUUGCUCUCAAUGUCAUUGCACUGACACUAAACCAGGGUCUCAUCCAUCCUGUGCAGUGUGUGCCGUACUUAAUUGCUAUGGGCACAGAUCCAGAGCCCUCUAUGCGGAACAAAGCUGACCAGCAGUUGGUGGAAAUAGACAAAAAAUACGCUGGGUUCAUUCACAUGAAAGCAGUGGCUGGUAUGAAGAUGUCUUACCAGGUACAACAGGCAAUUAAUACCUGCCCGAAAGAUCCUGUAAGAGGAUUUAGACACGAUGAAUCAUCCAGUGCAUUGUGCUCACACCUCUACUCCAUGAUUCGAGGGAACCGUCAGCACAGACGAGCCUUUCUCAUUUCUUUACUCAACCUCUUUGAUGAUACUGCAAAAACAGAGGUGAAUAUGCUUUUGUACAUAGCAGACAAUCUAGCCUGUUUUCCUUACCAAACACAAGAAGAGCCACUGUUUAUAAUGCACCAUAUAGACAUUACACUGUCAGUUUCUGGUAGCAACCUACUACAGUCAUUUAAAGAGUCAAUGGUGAGAGACAAAAAAAAGGAAAGAAAGCCUUCGUCAGAUGAGGAGAGUGAGAGCAACAGUGGCAGUGAGAGCGAAAGUGAGGAGGAAGCUUCCAAACCUCGCAGGUUACGGAAACGAGUAGACUCUGAUUCGGAUUCUGAUGAAGAAAAUGAUAUAAAUGCUGUGAUGAAAUGUUUACCUGAAAAUUCAGCUCCAUUAAUUGAAUUUGCAAAUGUGUCCCAAGGGAUAUUAUUACUUUUGAUGCUGAAACAGCAUUUAAAGAACCUUUGUGGAUUCUCUGAUAGUAAAAUUCAGAAAUAUUCUCCAUCUGAGUCUGCAAAAGUUUAUGAUAAAGCUAUAAACAGGAAGACAGGAGUGCAUUUCCAUCCAAAACAAACAUUGGAUUUUCUGAGGAGUGAUAUGGCUAAUUCCAAGAUCACUGAAGAAGUGAAGAGGAGUAUAGUAAAACAGUACUUAGAUUUCAAGCUCCUUAUGGAACAUUUGGAUCCUGAUGAAGAAGAAGAAGAUGGAGAGGUGUCAGCUAGCACAAAUGCUCGGAACAAAGCAAUUACCUCGCUGCUUGGAGGAGGCAGCCCUAAAAACAAUGCAGCUGAGACAGAGGACGAUGAGAGUGAUGGGGAGGAUAGAGGAGGAGGCACUUCAGGGGUGAGGCGGAGGAGGAGUCAACGUAUUUCACAGCGUAUUACGUAAAAUGAUUUUUAUGUGCUUAUAAAUGUCAGUUUAUUAUAUUAAAUGUACACCAAGUAAUGUAAUCCACAUGAAAAAAAAAGCAUUUUGUAGAUAGAGAUUCUCUACUUAACCGUUUAUACAACUUUUGUAGAAAGUUUAACAGAAAAGAC